CGCGCCCCCCCCCUCUUGCCGAAGCGGCCGAGGCCCGGCAUCCCGGCGACGAAGCGCCCCAGCGCCGCCGGACUCUCCCUCGCCACCCCUCCCCUCCUCCGGCUGGGGCGGGCUCCGGAAAGCCGCCGGGAGGGCGUAUAAAGGCGGCGGGCGGCUGGCAGAGCGCGAGUGGCCGGGGAAGGGACCGCGGGAGCGCCGGAAAGAGCCGACAUGCCUCUGCGCUGCCUCCUGUUGCUGCUGGCCUGGCUGGGCCCACCCUCCGUGGCUGCCCAGACCCCUGCCUGCAAAAUGAGAAUCACCCAAAAGGGCCUGGAGCUUGUGAAGCAGGAGGGUCUGCGCUUCGUGGAGCAGGAGCUGGAGACCAUCUCUAUCCCCGACCUGCACGGGAAGGAGGGCCAGUUCCACUACAACAUCAGCGACGUGAAAGUGACUCACCUGCAGCUGAACUUCUCUGAGCUGCAAUUCCAGCCGGAGCAGUACCUGGCCUUCCGCAUCAACAACGGCUCCAUCGGGGUGCAUUUCCGGCGCCAGCUGCUUUACUGGUUCUUCUAUGACGUCGGCUCCAUCUGGACAGGGGCCGAAGGGGUCAACAUCCACACCCAACUGCAGCUCUCCCAGGACCAGGGGGGGCGUCUUAAGAUCGCCAACAUGAGCUGCAACGCCUCCAUCGCCCGGAUGAACGCGGGAUUCAGCGGCACGCUGCGAAAGGUGUAUGAAUUCCUGGCUGUACUGAUCACCAAAGGGGUGCGCUACCUGCUCAGUCAACAGAUCUGCCCAGUGCUCAACCACGCAGGGCUGGUGCUGCUCAACUCCCUGUUGGACACGGUGCCCGUGCGCAAUCCUGUGGACGAACACAUUGGCAGCGACUACUCCCUCCUCAGCGACCCCCGGGUCACCACGGAGAACAUAGACCUGGAUUUCAAGGGCAUGUUCUUCCCGCUGCGAGAGGAGAACGAGACCCUCCCCAACCUGGCCCCGGAGCCCCUCCUGAGGGAGACGGAGCGCAUGGUGUACAUGGGGCUGUCCGAGUAUUUCUUUGACUCCGCCCUCUUCUCCUACUACCGGGCGGGGGUCUUGAACAUGGAGUUUGCAGGGAACCAGGUGCCAAAGGAUUUGGAAGUUUUGCUGCGAGCCUCUUUCUUCGGAAGCAUUAUGCUGUUGGACCCCAGUGUGGCAGACGCGCCCCUGGCCUUGAAGCUGCAGGUCACUGAAGCCCCUCGCUGCACCAUCCGGACCUCCGGCACGUCCGUCUCCGUCACAGCCCUGCUCAACAUCUUCUUGUCCCCCCCGGAGCAGCCCCUAAUUCUGCUCUCCAGCCUGACCAUGGAAUCCCGCCUAAGUGCCAAGGUGGUGCUUCACAACAAGGCUCUUCGGGUGCAGCUGGACCUCCGAAGGUUCCGAAUCUAUUCCACCCAGUCGGCCUUUGAAUCUUUGGCGCUCCUCCCCUUGCAAGCCCCCCUGAAGACGCUGCUGCAGAUGACCGUCAUACCCUUCCUCAACGAGAAGACCAAGAGGGGGGUCCGGAUCCCCCUGCCCGAAGGCAUGGACUUCACCAAGGAGACCAUCAGGAGCCACUUGGGCUACCUCACCAUCGGGGCCGACCUGAAAUUCACCAAAGGGCUGCGAGAGGUCAUCAAGAAGCUCCGGGAGACACCCAGGCCUUCUCUGGCCCCUGAGGCUGCGUAGGAGCCCUGGGUCUCGCCCCCCACCUGCUUCGAAUGUCACCUGCCUGCCCCAGCCAGGAGGGCCUCUGCCCUGCCAGACACCAGGGUCUUUGUAAGCCUCUGGGACAGCCGAAUAAAGAGCUACGCUGCCCGA